CUUCAUUGGUUCCUACAGUUCCAUGUCCGUGUUUUACACCGAGGCCAGAGAGAGAGAGAGACCUUUCACUAGGUCUGGAAGUCUGAAGCAAUGGUGGUCAACUUGUGUCUGCCACAUUUCGGCACCACUGUGAAUUGUAACAAGCUCUGUGCUGAUGGAUAUGAUGUGUCGAACCUGCUGUCGGCAGAAGCUGAACUUCGAGCGAAAGGGUUCAGAUUGGAGUACUUCUUGCGGCCUCCUGUCCAAGUUACUCUUAGCUUUCAGUUCCAGGUGGAGAUUUGCCGGGUGGAUGUGACCCUUUGGCCUCAGGUUAUGGACCAAGGACAAGUCACCAGAGGUGUGGAAAUCCACACCUCUUCUGACCCUAUUCCUGAUGGCCCAGGGCCACACCCAGACUGUGGCCAGUUUCGACUAGUGGGGCGCUGUGAACUGAAGGAUUGUGCAAGGGUCAGCUUUGCUCUGCCCUUCUUCAGGUCCCGACCCCCUUUCCCUCACUCUGCACCCGACCCCCCACCAGAUGCCAGCAGACUGGAGUUGUGGAGCAGGGGGCCACAGUCACUGACCUCUGUGACUCAGCUUCGGGUCUCUCUUCCAUAUGGAGGAGCUGGUUCUCCACUGGGGCUCAAGGCUCUGUCAGUAUGGGGGCUGCCAACUCGCUGCUGUCCUCCACAAGUGUUGGGUAGGAUUUUAAAGGCUCACCAAGAGAGCCAGAAACGACCUUCACCUCCACCUGUAUUACCUCAACCACAACCUUUGACUCCUCCUUCCCCAAUAUCUACUGUUCCUGACCUUGACAUCCCUGAGGAGUUCCUAGACCCACUUACACAGGAGGUAAUGACAGUGCCCUUGUUGCUGCCCAGCGGAGUGGUAAUUGACAGUAGUUCAUUGGAGACAUAUCAGCGUCAGGAGGCCACCUGGGGACGACCCCCAAAUGACCCAUUUACUGGUGUUCCCUUCUCCCGGGAAUCUCAACCACUGCCAAACCCAGAUUUAAAGGGCCGCAUUGACCGCUUCCUGCUCCAACAUGGGGCAGACAUUGGUAGGCCUGGAAUGUUGGGGCGCAGGGCUCAGCGGGAGCUGCCGCAACCUUCCAGGCUCAUCAGAACCAUGGAGCCCAGUGUCCCUCCAGGAGGCACAUCCACACAGUGUCCUGAAAGCACCCUGAGUCAACAUGUUACCUCACCUACUUUGAAAACUGCUACUACAGCACUCAUAGCAACAGCACAGACACAGAGACCCAAAACUCAGCUUGAGGCAGUGCAGAAUGGACAGGGUGCACCAGACUUGUCAUCUGAUGGUGUGCAGAAACCAGACAAAGAACUUGUUGAGGAUCUGGGUCAAAAUUCAGACAUGGGGACAGCAAUUUCAUCCUUGAAGAGAAAAAAGACAACUCUAGAAAGUUCAUACAAGAUUGGCCUUUCUUCACCCUCUUUGGAUCCCGUAGCCAAACCUGCUUCACUGUCAAAGACACUACCAACCCAACUCAAAAAACCAAGGACAACCAGCUUCUGCUCAGACUCCAGCAGCAUCUCCCAUGAGCAGCGUCUGUCAAACAGUCUGGACCAGGCCCUGGACUCAGCCUUGCGUGCCCUUCCAUCAUUCACUUCUCGUCGCUCUCAGGAAUCUGCUUCCAAGGGGAAUCUUGUAUGUGAUCAGGGAACAGGUGAGCACAGAUGUGUACUGUGCUCUAGUGUUUUCACUGCAUACACUUCAUCGCUCUCAAUGUUUCGCCUGCCAUGUGGACAUCUGCUGUGUCGCCCCUGCCUGACCACCAGAGCUCCAUCAGAACUUAAGGCAUCCUCUCUGUUCUGCCCCACCUGUAAGAUCCCGGCAGCAUGCAGUGCAAUCACUCGUGUGCAUUACUGAGAGUACACGGACAUUGAGACAACCAGCUUACAAGACAGGCAGCUCACUGGAUUGUGCCUGUAUACUGUUCUGUAUAUGACUUACAUGAAGAGUGUUCCUAGAUGGAUCAGGGCAAAGGAUGAGUGAACACAAAACCCAUCUCUUACCAGGUGCGAGCUAUUUAAUGAAUUUUAUUGUCAAAAAUCUUUCUAUUUAUCAAAUCUCAUUAAACUUCCAAUACUGAAGUGAGGGACAACUUAAUACUCAUCUCCCAACCUUUAUGUAUGAAGAAUGUAUUAUCAUCAGCCCUAUGUGUUUAUACAGUUAUUGUUACCACAUCAUGUAAAACUUAAUUACUGUAGUUUAUUUGACCUUUUUGAAGGAACACAACUAAUUCAGGGUUGUAAGGAACUGUUCUGAGCCUUGGUGCGUCUUUCGAACUCAGGGUUGUGAGGCUGAAAAUACUGAGUGCUGCCAGGGUGAAAGUUAUAUCUACAACUCAUCAGUGAAUGUGAAGCCUUGGGCCCGUAGCCUUUGUUGUGGCUGGAAUUAUAAAAGAGAUAGAAGAUGGAAGGAGGAGAGAGUUUGUGUGGCCAAGGCUGCUGUGUCUUUGUGUGGGAAUAAGCUACUGGAGCCCCAGCUCUUAGUGGCCAUCAGAGUAACACACACACACAUGUCCACACACAAACUCACUGCACAAAGGCAUAAAUGGCAGGAAGGACAUCCAAUGCACAAUGAACGCUCUUUACACAAAUACACUGCAGAGGGUUGGGCACAGAGGUUGAAGAACUCUGGAUGGAUGCACUACCCACCCUGGCCUGGCUCCGUGUUGCUACACCAGAGCAAGAACGACAUGAUUGAUCAGAAAGGGAGGAAAUCGUAGAAAUGUUCCUUAAUCAUUAGGAAAGUUGACAGAGAUGUUCAGUUUUCAUAUCACUGCAGAAGAGCUUAAAUUCAGAUUUACUUUUUCAGUGACAGACUAAUAAAGAUACAUUGUGGAGUAUUUGACAACUUCCCUCUAGUAUUUCAUUCAGUGUACUGAGCUACUCAGCAUCUAUUGCUCCAAAUGUUAGACAACAAAACCAUUUGCAUCACCGUUUUAUAUGCAGAAUGGUAGACAUGGUUAUUUAACUGUAGUUGCUUACCUUCAAAGUCAUGGAAUUUUAUACCAACAGUAAUAAUAAUCUUUGCUCAUGUCAUACAAUUUAAUCAGGAUUAAGGGAUGAAUCAUUUACCAUAUCAAUAAACAGAAAGCAAUGUAUGGAAUUCCUCCAGUGUUAUGUCUUGGUGAUCAGGUGAGUCUGCCUUUGGCACAGAGAAUUAGGACAGGGGAUGUUAUACUAUGUAUGCCUAUUUGGGAAAAUGUGAGGUGAGGCUGUUUCAUUCCAU